ACUAGCCCCACCCGUCUCCCCGGCCCCGCCCCGCCUCUCGCCCAGUCCAGUCCCUCCCCCGCCCCUUGAUCCUCCGCGUUUUCCUGGCAGGCCAGUUUGGCUUUAGCCUGAAUUGCGCCCUCCCGGCCUAGGGUGUCGCUGUACCGGCUUCUGAGCUCCACACAGACAAGUCCCGCGCUCAGGCAGGGGUAGGAGACAGAGCGAAGCGGCUGGGGGCGGUGUCGCCGCGGACUAGGGACGGCGGAGUCGGUAGUCCCUGCGCUAUGGCCGCCUCGGUGUUUUGCUGCCUGCCGUGCUGCAGAGACGGCGGGACCGGCCACAUCCCUCUGAAGGAGAUGCCGGCUGUGCAGCUAGACACGCAACACAUGGGAACAGAUGUUGUCAUUGUAAAGAAUGGAAGAAGAAUAUGUGGAACAGGAGGUUGUUUAGCCAGCGCACCUUUACAUCAAAACAAAAGCUAUUUUGAAUUCAAAAUCCAGUCCACAGGAAUCUGGGGUAUUGGUGUUGCGACUCAGAAGGUUAACUUAAAUCAGAUUCCUCUCGGCCGAGAUGUGCACAGUCUGGUGAUGAGAAAUGAUGGAGCCCUGUACCACAACAACGAAGAGAAAAAUAGGCUACCGGCAAACAGUCUUCCACAGGAGGGAGAUGUGGUGGGUAUUACAUAUGACCAUGUGGAAUUAAAUGUAUAUUUGAAUGGAAAAAACAUGCAUUGUCCAGCAUCAGGUAUACGAGGGACGGUGUAUCCAGUUGUUUAUGUUGAUGACAGUGCAAUUUUGGAUUGCCAGUUCAGUGAAUUUUAUCAUACGCCUCCUCCUGGUUUUGAAAAAAUAUUAUUUGAACAGCAGAUCUUCUGAAUGUAUUUGUUUUUGAAACUUGUAUUUCUGCACUGUUCAAAAAUGUUUAUCAUUUAAUAAAGCUUUACCUGGCCUAUAGAUGAAAAUAUAUUCUUAAAAAUAUGCUUGUUAAUGCUGUCUAAGGAACCAGUAUAUUCAUUAUACCACCCUGAAGUUGUGAUUUAAAAUACUUUAUGUUUUGUGAAAUGAAAAUAAACAUUUGGGCAAUUUAUUUAAUUCUUAUUUAAAUAAAUAGAACUGGAUUUAAUGAACAGUAUUACAUGGCUAUAUAGAUAUAUAUAUUUAAAGAAGACUCUUUCUUACAUAAUAUAUUUGUUUUGAUAGAGAUGUAGAGUUGGGUGGGUGUUUUUGUCACUCUGAAGUUUAGACCUCAUUAAGUAUUUUAGGUCUCUGUCCUUUUUUAUAUACAAUAUAACAAAGUGAAAGAAAUUUAUAUUAUUGGGAACUUCACUUUUGGCGAUCUAUUUACUGUAUCAUGUACCACUUUUCUUAAAACUUAAAUUGCUUACUUUGUUGUGUAAUGUCAUUACUCUUGAUUUUCUCUGUGAAAGGAGAUAAACGUUUCAGUAAUUGUAAGAGCAUUUUAUUGCCUCAUGCUACGUUACCUCAAUUUCAGAGUAAGUAGUGGUUGAUUAGUAAUGUAGUAUACACUGGCAGACAUAUAGAGUAGUAUAUAUAAUGCUUUACAUUUAAAUGAGAUUAUUCUUUUAAGGAUUUUUAUUUGUAUGUUUUCUGGAAUAAAUAGUUGUAAUUAAGGAAUGUACAAUACUAUAUUAAACACAUUCUUCCUAUUUUGUUAAUUACACACUAAAUUCACAUCACCUGUGAUUAUUUCAAUUCAGAGAUAAGUAAAUCCUCUUCACCACCCUGAGUCUUUGUCCAGUUCCUAAGAAUCACUGUCCUUUAGUUAAUGCCCUGUGACCUGAACUAAUCACUCUAUACAUCUUCAGAUACAUUGUCUGUUUUCAAAUGAGCAUGGCAAGGAUGCAUACAUUUCCCUCAUUUUAUCAACAAGAAGCAGUACAUUGUGCAGGAAAACAUGGGUGUUAGAAAGAGAUCCAAAUUGUAGUUUUGCUGCUCAUUCCAUUUUCUUCUCAGGUGAGAUCCCCAGUCUCUCCAAGUCUCAGAUUCCCAUUUAUAAAAGGAACAAUCAUACUGACAUAAGAUUCUAUGAUUAAAUAAGGUAAUACAUGUAUUACAUCUUAAUAAUCAUAGGCACUUAAUAAAUGUAGUUUCCUUGAUGCUAAAGCAUCAGAGAAUGUGGUUUUCAUGAUGCACCUCAGACUAGCAACAUCAGCAUCACUGGAAUUUGUUAAAAAUGGACACUCUCAGGCCCCACCCCAGACCCACCAAAUCAGAAACUAGGGGAUAGCACCCAGGAAUCUGUGUUUGAAGUCCCUUCAGGUGAACCUGAUACAUACUAAAGUUUGAGAACUGCUGCUCAGUUGAGAAUUAUUUGCCUACUGUAAAUUUUCUAAGGAUUUAUGAUGGGCUAUUUUUGACCCAUAGGCUCAGAGAAUCCUGCAAAAUACUUUUUAAAUGUUUAUUUGGCAGACAAAAAUGUGACAAUAUGCUUUGAAAACAUAUAUAUACUUAAGUAACAUAUUUAUAUAAAUCCCAAAUUUUACCUCUGAAGGUAUAUGAAAUUGAGCUAUGUAUUAUGCAUUUUGUCUGGCUUUCUAUCAUAAUUUCAAUUUGUAAAGAAUGUGCUUACUUGGGAAAGCAAAUUAAAGUGACUACUGUUUGUUAUCUUAA